GCUUUUAACAAAAAUGUCAUCAUGCUUUCACUUUACUCCAUACAAAAAACCCACUACUGCAAUUUCUAUACUUCAUAGUUAGCACCAAAAUAAAUAAAUAAAUAAAUUGUAUAGUUCAUCAAGAUUGAUUGAGGAGCUAGCAUGGAGAGGUUAUACAAGGUUUCUGAUAUAAUUGAGUUUUAUAAAAGAGAAAUUGGCUUUUCUAAGCCUAGAAAUUUCUCUCGUCGUAUCUCUGCUUCUGAGGCUAUGGUCAAGCGGCUGGAUUUAUAUGGCAAGUUAACCGGUCACGAAGGAUGUGUAAACACAAUAGACUUCAAUGGCACUGGCGAUGUUCUUGUCUCGGGCUCUGAUGACAGAAGAGUAAUACUAUGGGACUGGGCAAGGAAAACCUCAAAAUUUUCUUACCAAUCAGGUCACACGGACAAUAUAUUCCAGGCCAAGUUCAUGCCCUUUUCAGAUGAUCGUAAAAUAAUAACUGCAUCUGCUGAUGGUCAGGUGAGGCUUGGUUUAGUGAUGGAGAAUGGUCGGGUAGAAACAAAAAAAAUCGGUAAGCACCAAGGUCGUGUACAUAAGCUUGCUGUGGAACCAGGAAGUCCCUACAUACUUUAUAGCUGCGGUGAAGAUGGUUUUGUUCAACAUUAUGAUCUGCGAAGUAAUACUCCCUCGAAGCUUUUACGUUGCUCGUCAUUCACGGAAAACAAUAAGCAAUCGAGCAGCGUAAGGUUGAAUGCCAUUGUGAUAGACCCAAGAAACCCUAAUUAUUUUGCUGUAGGAGGUUCCGAUGAAUAUGCACGUGUAUAUGACAUCAGAAUGUACCAUCAGCUGGAUGCAAGAACCAAUUCAGAUAGGCCAAUCGACACAUUUUGUCCACAUCACCUAAUUAAGACACAUGAUGUUCACAUUACAGCAUUGGCUUACUCGAACACAAGUGAAUUGUUGGUCUCGUACAAUGACGAACUAGUAUACUUGUUUCAGAAGAACAUGGGAUUGGGUCCCGCUCCUUUGUCUUUGCAAGGUGAAGAUUUGGACAGGCUGGAAAAGCCACAACUUUAUUCAGGGCAUAGAAAUUCACAAACAAUUAAAGGAGUGAGUUUCUUUGGUCCGACCGAUGAAUAUGUGUUGACCGGGUCUGAUUGUGGGCAUAUAUUUGUGUGGAAGAAAAAGGAUGCCAAGCUUGUCCGCUUAAUGGUUGGUGAUAGGCACAUUGUAAAUCAGCUGAAGCCUCAUCCGUGUAUCCCGGUUCUUGCUACAUGUGGAAUAGAAAAGACCAUAAAGCUUUGGGCUCCAACAUCAAAAGAUGUUACUCCUUUGCCUCCUGAUGUUCAAGAGAUAAUGGAAGCUAAUAGGCGAGGCCGAGAGGACCAUUCACGGGUUACACUCACCCCGGACAUGAUAAUGCAUGUUUUACGUCUGCACAGGAGGCAAGCGCUGGCUUAUAUUGAGAGGCGAGAGAAUUCGGAUGAUGCCGACAGUGAUGAUGAUGACGGAGGAGGAGGACGUGCUUAUGUGUUAGGGUUUUCAGAUGGUGAGGAGGGAGAAAAUUCCGAAUGCAGCAUUAGCUAGUCAUAAGUAUGUUUUUUACCCUGCUAGCAAAUUUUCUUCUUCUAUUUUACGCUGUAUCCUUGCAUCGGCCAUUUUUGCAUCUAUCAUGGCUUGCUGCUAUUUUCAACAAACAUGGUUAAUAAGGCAUGGGUGGUGUGUUAUCUGUAGCCACUCAGCAAAUUGAAAAGUUCAUCUGUAAAUUCUUCUAUCCUGUUCUGACAUGUAAGAGAGAAUGGUUUAAUCUUUGACAAUUUGUACACCUUUCUGUCAACUUCAGUAUCUGGAGUUAACUCCAAAGCUACUUUAUGA